ACUAAGGUUGUCGCGCCACCAUCCACAACUUGAAGCUCGCUGCAUGCAGAAAUAAUUCAGUUGUGCUACCCAACGUCACCAUGCUCGCCAAGUUUUCGCGCUCUAUCCAGGCGCUCGUCGGGUCUCGUAUUAACGCGCUGCGGCGAGCGUCUCAAGGAAAUCGUAUCAACAUCUCCGGCGUUUACCCGCCGAUUACGACUCCCUUCGACGCCGGCUCGGGUCGUGUGUCGUACGAGAAGCUCGAGCACAACUUGAAGCGCUGGUAUUCGCUACCGUUCCGUGGUCUUGUCGUCCAUGGUUCUACCGGCGAAUGUGUGCUUCUGUCGGCCGACGAGAGGCUUGAGAUCGUGCGUCGAGUGAAGUCCUCGCUGCCCGACGAUAAGCUCCUCAUCGUUGGUGCGGGCCAGGAGUCCACGCAGGCCACGAUCGAAUUCGCAACGCAGUCCGCAAAGGCCGGCGCGUCCGCAGUGCUAGUCGUUACGCCCUGCUUCUACAAAGGACGCAUGACAGCUGAUGCCCUCGAAAAGCACUUCGCCCGAGUGGCCGACGAGAGCCCGGUGCCCGUGAUUCUGUACAGUGUGCCCGGUAACACGGGUGUCGACCUGCCGGCCGACGUGGCGAUACGUAUGUCGGCGCACCCGAACGUGAUCGGCAUGAAGGACAGCGGCGGAGAGAUCGCUAAGAUCGGCUACGUAGUGCACAAGACGAGACAGUACGGCUUUCAGGUGUUGGCCGGCUCCGCUGGCUUCCUGCUGCCGUCGCUACAAGUUGGCGCUGUCGGCGGCGUGUGCGCUCUCGCCAACACGCUCGGCGCCGAGGUUUGUCGCCUGCAGGAGCUCCACGAAAAGGGAGACGCGAAGGAGGCGCGCAACUUGCAACGCCGUCUUAUAGCGCCCAACGCCGGCGUGACCAAGCGUUUCGGCAUUGCGGGGGUGAAGGCAUCUAUGGAAUGGUUCGGGCUGUACGGAGGUCCAGUUAGGUCACCCCUGUUACCACUUACCGAAGGUGAACUUUCUGAACUGAGGAAGAUCUUUACGGAAGAAGGAUUCUGAACACAUAGAUAGGGCCGCGAGGUGGAGUGCGGAACGAGCUCGAGUGCAAUGUUGCGUAGACAGAUCGUUAUUGCCUCGCACGUAUUAAAUAGAUAAAUCUUUGUUAUGCUAUGCGCGGUGACUAUGAAUGCAUAA